AUGGGCUCCUGCGUCUCGCGCUCGCCGGCGUCGGGGUCCGGGCGGGCGGUGGCCACGGCGAAGGUGGUCGGCCUGGACGGGUCCAUGACGCAGUACUCGGCGCCAGUCACGGCGGGCGAGGCCCUGGGCGACGAUAACAGCCGCAAAGGCGCGUCGGUCUUCCUGUGCAGCUCCGACGAGCUCCGCUUCGACGAGCCCCCGCGCGCGCUGGCGGACGAGGAGGCGCUGCAGCCCGGGUGGCUCUACUUCGUGCUCCCCGUCUCCAUGCUCCGCCUGGCGCUCUCCGGGCACGAGAUGGCCGCCCUGGCAGUCAGGGCCAGCUCCGCGCUCGCCGUCGCCAGCGGCGUCGCGUCCCCUCCGCGCCGCAAGAUCGUGCCAGGAGCCAACGGCAAGACACGAAAGACGGCGCGAGUGGCGCCCCUCGUUGUUGCCCCCAACAAUGACGAGGACGCCGAACUAGCAGACAGUGGAUCGAGUCUGCACCCAUACGGCAAAUACGGUGCCUCGAACAAGACGGUGCGCGGCGGCGGCCAUGAGAAGGCGGGGAAGACGAGGAAGAUAGCAGGCUACAGAAGCCGCGGCGCUCGUCAUCGUCGUCGUGCGGCAGAUGUGCCGAGGUUAAGCGCCAUUCUGGAAGACGAUGACUUCUGAGCAGCCCCCGAUCAGCGGACUAGUUAGCUAGUUUAGAUAGUUUAUUCAGUCGACCGUUGAGUCCCUCUUCAGAGUAGGAGAUCCGUGUAUAUCACUCGAUCAUACUGUAGAUUGCUACGAUG